GACAUAACAUAUUCAAAAGGGUUGACGAUCUAUUUCCCCCUGAGAAGUAUCAUAUAUCACUAGAUACACACAGACUUUUGAUCCCGUUCUAUUUCCCCACAAAAUAAAAGUUCGAAUCCUAUAUCCCCCCAAUUUGAAAGAUCGAGUUCUGUUUCCCCAUACCGUCGAAUUUAAUGGUUUACUUGGGUGAACCAGUAGCUAACCAAAAUAAACCCAUUUUAAACAUAACCACACCCGUUUGAAAACCCGACCCUAGUCUUUAAAAUCCCCGAUUCCUAAAACAAUUACAGUCACGAACCCUAACAAAAUUGAAUUGGGGAAAUUGAUUUGUGGGAGAGAUAAGAGAAAUUGAAAGAUGAGUGAUGUUUCUGGAGCUUCAAGUGGGUCGUCAAUGGUGCGUUCAAAGAAAAGGGUCGUGGGUGUCCCAAAACAGUGUUGGUGCGGAUAUGAAAUCUCGACUUUGAUGUCAAGAUCAGACAAAAAUCCGUAUCGUCGUUACCAUAGGUGUUCUUAUGCUGUUUCAAAAAAGCUUGAGAAUGAUAAUCAUUUCUUCAAGUGGGUGGAUGAGGCAUUGUUAGAAGAGAUUAAUGUUCUGAAGAACAAAAUGAGUAAUCUUGAAGAAUUGGUGAAAGAAGUUAUGAUGGAACGAGGAGAAAGUGAGAAGAAGGUAUUUGAGAAGAUGGAGAUGAAGCUAGAGACAGAGCUUUUCGACAAGAUGGAGGAAGUGUUAAAGGAAGCGAAAUGGAGCAUGAAGAAGAUGUGUGCUGGAAUUGUAAUAGCUUGUGUUGUUGGGUUUGUCAUCAUUAAGCUUGUGUGAUGGAUUUCAUUUCGAUAAAUGUUGUUUAAUGCUAUGAAGUAGUACUUGUACUUGACGUUUUUUAUGUUGUUUAAUGAAUGAAAAUGUUGGUAUUUUCUUGGUUAUAA